CUCGCUCCGCUUGGGCCUCGCAUUUUCGGUUCAGCUACGGGCGAGUUCGGAGGUGCCUACUAGGUGUCUAGCUUAAGGAUACUUCUUCAAAAAUAUCACCUAAAAACUGAUUGAAGACAGCGGAUUAGUGUCUUAGCCUGCAGUUUUCGGCAAAAAAGAUUGCGAGAAGAAAGUGCUUAACAAAUCAUUAGAAAUUCAAUUGUUAAAAAAUAUUCCCUUGCAAUCUUAAAGAUAAAAACUUACAAUAGGAUUGCAAAAACUAACAUAAAAAAAUGCACGUGUCUUCAGAUUUUGGAGAAAGUGUUUUCCUGACACUGCAAGAAUUUCAAAGAUAAAUUGGAGAAAAAGGUUUUGUUAGAAGACUUAUAGGUUGUUCACAUAACUGCAGUCUAAUAAAAGAAAAACAACCAAUCUAACUUAUUGAAAAAUCAAGGACUCAAAAAGUUCCAAGUGGUUAAAGGUUCAGAAUAAGAUUUAUUACAAGAUUGUUUGAAAACUGGAGAAGAAUUCUCUGAAGAAAUAAGCACAUUUUCUAUUAUAGACAAAGUAUUCCACUACCACCCUUAUAACUUCUCUUACUUGGAAGUCUGAACUCUACGAAAAGAAUCAUCUGUGAAUAUCUCUGUAAAACUAUACACCUAUAUAUUGUAUCGGAGUUUUUGUCUUACGGACUGGAGAAAGUGUACUUAGAGAAUUUCUUGUGAAAACCACUUUUCAUGUUGGCUAAACUACAAUGUCGGGAUAUGUGAGCCGGGAUUUGCAUUGGCUGCACUUUCUGCUGUCCAUGUGGGCUGUGCUGCAGGUGACCCUCUGCCAGCCGUAUCAGUUGCCGCUGCAACGCUGCUCCAACCGCCUGGAGAAUGCCCUGGAGCACAUGCGACGCCGCAGUGUCCAGACCAAGAGCUCCUCCUCCUCCUCCUCCUCCUCCUCCGGACGAGCCAUGUGGGAGCCACCGCCGCAGAGUCCCUACCAGUUGUACCACAGUUUCUAUGGCCAGCACAGCGACCCGGAGGAGGACUUCUACAAUGUGGGCGGUGGUGGUGGCUACCACACAGGGCGUAGUUACCAUGCCAAGUUGCUGCACAAAAAUGGGCAGGCCUAUCCAUUUGCCGACGCCAGUAAUAGUGGUGGAGGAGCCCUGGAACUGGAGGAUCUGCUGGCUGUCAACCAGGAGCAACAGCAGCACAGGCAGCCCCACAAACUGGGGGCCAUUUCCCGGGUGGAUGUGGAAGAUCUCAAGGUGCGAGUGCCGCCGGCAAAGUCGGCCAGUCGCUGGGUGGAGAUCGACAAGUGCAAGUUCAGCACGGAGAACUCCACACUGGACACCAGGCUGAUCUUUCCGGACCUCACUCUCAGCGGAAAGGUGGUGAUGCAGCCGAUGGGCGGCAAAUGCCACAUGAUUCUGAGACUACGACACGCGGGCAUUGAGUUUCGCACUAUUCCCCUGGGCUACGAUUUUGGUUCCUCGACCUAUGAGCAAUCCCGCAGAUUGGGAGCCGCCUCGGUGCGCACGGAUUCGCACUUCGCAGAGCCCGGUUUUAUAUCCGUGUUUGCCCAUGGCUGCCAGGGACCCACUGGAAUACGCCUGCGUCAGAGCUCCAAGCGGAGAUUUGGCACCGGCACUCCGGAUGUGGAGCUGGGUGAGCCGCAUAUGAUAUUGGGCAGCAAAAGAGCCCAGAGAUGGGGCAAGUAUCACAAUCAGGAGGGCUAUGACAUCCGUCUGGGGCAGAAGAGUCCGCAGCGGGAUAUGGAUCCUGGGCUCGAGCUGGGCGGCGAUAGCCACGCCCAGGAUUCGGCUGAGUUCAUCGAUGUCCAUGGCGACAACUUCUACCGGCGGCAGUUUAGCAAAAAGAGGAGACGCCGCCGGCGGCGUUUUGCCCGGGAAGACUUCCAGGACCAGAUGAACUUCAGCGAGGAUGUGCUGCACUUCGAGGAUGAGCAACUGCAGCAGCUGGUGGAGCCGGAUGCCCGUGCCUUUGCGGAUAUCUUUGGCGGAUCGAGUCCCAGCGGAGACCGCGAGGAGCUGGUGGGCGAGGCCAUGUCCCACGAGCUGGAGAAGCUGUUCUCCAUGGGAGUGCGGGGUCUGCUGACCACCUACAUGCAGCGGGCUCUCCAGCCGGCCAUCAAGGAGACCCUGAUGGAGAACAUGGGCUAUACCUUGAGUUAUGGCUAAUAAGGCACUCCUAGUUUUUAAAAC